GAGAAGAAGCGCAAAAGCGCUGAACCGGCAGACAAGCCCGAUGCGGAGCCAGCCAAGCGCCGCAAAGACGAGGAUGCCGAGAUCAUUGACGUUGAGGUCAAGGAUCCGAAGGCUAAGGAUGACAAGGCCCUCAGCAAGGAUGGUGCAAAGCCGAGCAAGGAAGAAGUGGCGCCCGGCAAGCCCAAACAGAAGGAGAAGGAGCAGAAAAAAGAUAAGAAAGCAGCUAAGGACACCAAGGACGGUGAGAGCAAAGCCCCGGAGAAAGCGAAGCCGAGCCAGGGCGAUGCCAGUCCUGUCUCAGGACUUAAGCAGCUCGGGAAUGUGGACGAGCUGCGAAAGCAGCUGGAGAAGGAACGAAACCAGCUUCGGCUUUGGAUCAUCAAGGCCAAGCAGGAGUGGGAGGAGAAGCAGGAGCAAAAGGGGCACCGUGGCGAAACCAACGACCAAGAGUACUACAUCGCCUCCAUCGGCGAGACGCUGGGUCCCAAUCGGGACUACCAGGCAGAGGCCAGCAUUGGAAAAGGCGUCUUCUCCAGCGUUUUCCGCUGCAAGCACGUUGGCACGAAGACCGAUGUUGCCCUGAAGUUUGUACGGUCAAACAAAAUGAUGCGGAAGGCCGCAGAGAAGGAGGUGGAGACUUAUCGCAAGUUGGCCAAGGUGGCUGCAAAGGAGGAUCACGAGGGUGCGCAGUACAUCAUGCUGCUUGCGCCCCCGGAGACCUUUGAGCACCAAGGGCACCUGUGCCUUGUCUUCGAUCUGCUCAAGUGCGAUCUACGGACGGCGCUCACCAAGUAUGGACAAGGGAAAGGUCUUCCUUUACAGACGGUCGCGCAGUAUGCCAGGCAACUGUUUCUGGCGCUGCGGUGUCUCCGAAAAGUGAAGCUGAUACACGGUGACUUGAAACCCGACAACGUGCUCAUAACUCUGAGCAAGACGGAGAUCAAGCUUUGUGAUUUCGGCUCUGCUAUGGACGUGGGCGAGGCAGUGAAGACGCCGUACCUGCAACCGCGCUACUACCGGGCCCCAGAGGUGAUUCUCGGCAUCGGGUAUGAUACGCAAAUCGACCUCUGGAGUGUUGGUGUCACCCUUUUCGAGCUCAGCAGUGGCAAAAUCCUCUUCACGGGGAAGUCGAACAACUCGAUGGUGCGGCAGAUGCUUGAGGUGUCGGGCGCAUUUCCGAAGCGGCUGGCCACGAAAGGCGAGUUCCACGCGAAGCACUUCAACUCCGAAGGCGAGUUCCUUCUGCACGACCCCACAUCCAUCACGGGCAUUCGGGACAUCUUGCCCAUGAAGAAGUACGAGAAGGUCCGACAGCCCGUAAGCAACAUGCUGGACCAAGUCUUCAAGAAUCCGCCGCCUAAUUCGGACCCAAAGACGCAGGAACGGCUGAUGCCGCGUCUCGGGGAUCUUGUGACGAAACUCCUCGUCCUCGAUCCGGCAGCAUCAUGGCAACAUGGUUUCUGCCAUCCUUGUGCCUAG